UUCUGUCAUUCGCCUGUCAGAAUUUUUCAGCAUCUCGUUACUCGAACUCGUCCAUUACUUACUGACCGAGUUCCAGAAAGGUUCCGACAGCACGCCUCACAAAAUUCAACCAGUUGCGCAUUCGCUACGUCAGUGAAGCCGUCCAUGGAAGAAAACCUCAUAUUAUUUUGGCGACGAAGCCUUUUCGGCAACCCUUUGCCGCCAAUGCACGCCCUCUGCCUUUCACUUUCCUGUCUGACAAACUUUCUGGCGGAUCUACUUUCGCACUGUUCCUUCAAACUUUUUUAACCAUCUCCAUCGUUCGCCUUUUAAAAAUACUGCCAUUUUAUUUAUCUUCUCCUCCUCCCCCGCACUCUCCCUUCUCGAUCCCCCUCUUCCAGAGCAUCAUCCUUUCCAUCAUCAUCUGUGGAUUUAGCCGCGAAUCCGACUUCUCUCUGUGAUCCAAAGACACUUUUUCUCCCCCCCCCCUUCGAAUGUUUGUUUUUGUUUCCCGUCUGUGUCAUCCCAUCUGUUGAGUGAAAAGUUCACGAUCACCCACCGAUUCGAUUGUUUUCGUUUUUUUUUUGUUUUGAAAUUCUCGUAACCUGGAUAUUGUGCGAUUGGUGUACUUCUGGACGGCAGAUCAAUGCGUGGAACUGAUGAACUGCUUUCGCAAAGUGGCGGCGCCGUCAGCAAUGGGUCUGCAAUGAGUCCAGAAUCCAACGACACCGAAAACAACAAUGACGCCAAAAAGGUAAAACUCGACAAGACGCAAUGUGGCAAGCCUUCCCGCGUUGUUCAUAUCAGAAACGUAUCCAGCGAUGCCAGUGAGACAGACAUCAUCCAUCUGGGAAUUGCAUUUGGCCGUGUCACUAACGUAUUACUCCUCAAAGGAAAGAAUCAGGCAUUUUUAGAAAUGGCAGAUGAAACAUGUGCCACAUCCAUGGUCAACUACUAUGCAAAUUCUGGAGCCCCGUUUGUCCGUGGGCGUAAUGUCUAUGUCCAAUUUUCCAACCACAAAGAACUAAAGACAGACAACUCACACCCAACUGGAAAUGUCACAACACAAGCGGCCUUACAAGCUGCGCAUGCUUUAGCGAAUCACACAUCAUCAGAAACUCAAGGUGGACCAAAUACUGUACUCAGGGUUAUAGUCGAAAACCAAUUGUAUCCAGUUACUUUAGAAAUCCUAUAUCAGAUAUUUUCAAGAGUUGGUAGAGUUUUGAAAAUUGUUACUUUUACAAAAAGCGGCACAUUCCAGGCCUUAAUACAAUAUCCUGAUGUGAUCACAGCUCAAGCUGCAAAACUGUCUUUAGACGGGCAGAAUAUUUACAAUUCUUGCUGUACGUUAAGAGUGGAAUAUUCGAAACUGACCAACUUGAAUGUCAAAUAUAACAAUGAUAAAAGCCGUGACUUCACGAACCCUGGCCUGCCUAUUGGAGAUCCUGCUUUGGAUAACCUGGGAUUACCAGGUAAACAUUUUAGUUCAAUGGGUGUUUUGGCUUCCCCCUUUGCUGCGGCCCCUGGAUUAGGAUCACCUUUAACAGCUUAUGCUGCUGGUGCCGGAGUGAGAAACGUGGUUGAUCUUUCAGCGUUGCCUCUCGGAAGUUUUGCUCUGUCACCUGCAGCAACUACUGCUGCAGCUUUAGGUGUUGCUGGGCUUAGACUGCCAGCUGCACCUCUAAGCACUGUUUUGCUUGUCAGUAAUCUUAAUGAAGAGAAGGUCACACCUGAUGCUCUCUUUACCCUUUUUGGUGUGUAUGGCGAUGUACAACGUGUAAAAAUCCUGUUUAACAAAAAAGACAACGCUUUAGUUCAGAUGGCCGAAUCUCAGCAAGCUCAGCUCGCCUUAACGCAUUUAGACAAAAUCAAGGUCUAUGGAAAACCAAUAAGAGUGGCACCAUCUCGCCAUCAAGUUGUACAGAUGCCAAAGGAUGGUCAGCCUGAUGCAGGCUUAACAAAAGAUUAUUGUAACUCGCCUCUUCAUAGAUUUAAGAAACCAGGCUCAAAGAAUUACUUGAAUAUUUAUCCACCAUCUGCCACAUUACAUUUGUCUAACAUUCCACCAAGUGUUACAGAAGAGCAAAUUAAACAAGCUUUUUCUGAAACUGGAGGAACCGUAGUUGCAUUCAAGUUUUUCCCGAAAGAUAGAAAGAUGGCUUUAAUUCAGAUGGAUUCUGUUGAAGAAGCUGUCAUAGCUCUCAUUAAGAUGCACAACUACCAGCUUAGUGAUUCAAGCCACCUCCGUGUCUCGUUCUCAAAGUCCACUAUUUGAAGAUCAUUGAAUGCAAGCAUUCGAGUCUGUGAUACCCAGAAGCAAAUUUAAAACAAGUUGAACUUUUGAAAUGUGUAUGGCGCAUCGUCCGGUAUCUUAGACACAGCUCUUUUGUUUCUGCAUCCUAUGGGUUAUUCCCUCUGCUUUUCUUUCCUUCAAAAAUAAAUUUCGACAUAUGUAAUUAACUUUUCUGCUAAUGUUACUGUUUGUGUUUGAUAAUUCAGAAAAUUUAUACCCUGAAUUUUAGUUGAAGUGACUCAAAACAGUUGCCAAUUUUAAUUUUAGUGCUUCUGAGCUGGGCGCUGCUGAUGUCUUAUUUGUUUAAAAAAAAUUGACUCACUUUCAUGUCAUUCAUUCUGCUGUUGUAAAUAUUUCGCAGGAUGUGAAAAUGUAAUUACAGAAACGAAUUUUCCUGAUAUUUUUCGUUUGUAAGUUCAUGUUCUGAGCUUUAAGGCUUGAUGCAGACUAUUUGGUGCCUAAAUUGCUGUCUCGUAAGGCAAUUGGUGGCACAUUCACCGACUUUGGUUUUUAUAGUUCUUGUUUUACGAUUCUGGAAAUAUUUUGUGCAGAAAUGAAAGAGCUGAAGCUUGAUGCUGGACAUUUUUAACACAAAUUUUGUAAAAACAGCACUUUGUUUUGGAUAUACCAGGAGUAUGUGGCACCAUUAUUUUUUAGAGUUGCUCAUUCUUAUCUUUGAUCUUUAUCUUUGGGUAAUCUUAUUGCUUCGUAUCACAGACCUCAAUAUUCAUAAUCAUGAAAAGUCAAUAGGGGCAUUAGAGUGGCUCUUAGCUUGAGAAGUUUGGAUGUCUUUUCUCUAUUUUUUCUAAAUUUUUGUGUGAAUCGUAAAAUAUUUUUUUGCCAUUUUAUUCAUGUUGAUACUUGUGUUAAUCUGCGAUGUAAAUGUCAGGAUUAUUAUCAUAAUCUGUAUUCUUUUAAUCUGAAUUUUUGUAGAAUGGUUGAACUGCUAAAUAUUAAGAUUAAAUUUUAAAUUUCCUGAAAAAUCUAUCAUAAUAAAUUAUGUUUUUUUAAGAUGAAAUCAAAAUUAAUCGUAAGUUUUAAAAUGAUGGUUUUGGUAUUGUCCUUUAAAUGAAUUUCUAAAUAAUUUUGUGCAGACUGAUUUGAAACACUAUAUAUUUUUUUUUCUAUUAUUAUUGUUUUUUUUUUUUCCCCCAAGCAUUAUUUGAAUUACAUGUACCAUAUGUAAGUUUUCAAAAGUACUUUCCAAGAUCCCUUGUUAAGAGCUGCCACUAUUGAGUUGUUUUUUGUCUACAUCAUCUUUUAUAUGAAAUAUUAAGUAUUUUUGCAAACCUUUUUGGGCUUCGUGAAUACAAGCACACUGGGGAAACGUCUUGAAGAAUUCCAUGUUUGUAUUCUAUUUUUUUCUCAUGUAUUCUCCAAGAUGAUAGCAAAUAUCUUGCAUUGUGUAUUCAUAUAUAUUCUCUGAUAAACAGCCAAGUGUGUUACAUUUCAAUGAUGUGUUGGUUUUUAUUCGAUAUGUAUACCUGCUGUAGAUAAGGGGACUAUUUUUUGUUUUCCAUUUCUUUGCAGUACACUGGCACUUGCCUUCUUUGUUUCAACUUCCCACUGGUGUGUGAAUGCUAGUAAAUAUUGCACUUUUAUUUUAUUAUUUUAUAGUGUUAUAUAUUUCAUUACUUAUUUCUUUCUGUUACAUACUUCCUUUAUUAUGUAGUUUUAUGUGAAGAAGGCUUUCAAGACUGACUCUAGUGCAUUGAGGAUAACUAUUUGAACUACGACCACAGUACAUAUUUUAAUUCUUUAAUAAUUUUUGCCACAUAUCUAUUGUAAGAUGUAUUGACUUGAUGUUUCCUUUUUAUAAAACAAUGUUAACGCUGUAUAUACAUAACGUAUACAUGAACAAUUGAUAUAUCAUUGUACUAUAUUAGUUGAUUCGUUUACUGUGCGAGUUUUUUCAAAAAUCAUUGAGUCUGACUUGUGGUAAUAUAAUUGUGCUUGUUGCCGAUUGGGGGUAAAAAUGCUUUCAAGUUUUAUGUCUUGUAGAGUAUAUUUUUUAAAAUCUUUGAUAAUUGUUAUUAAAAUGCUUUAUUUUUCAUCUGCAAGGUAGAAAAAUGACAUUCCAUUUGCAGGUGCAUUUGUAUUUUUUCAUUUCUGAAGUAUAUAUUGUAUUUUUCUGUAUUUACACAAAACCUGUAGGCAAAAGAAAUGUGUGUACACGUACUUUCAUACAGCAAAAUAUGUGUAAAAGUGGAAAGGACCAUACUCUAGCAUUAGAUAAAUUUGAUAGUUUUGUGUACAGCUUUUAUCAGGUGGCAACAUAUUUAAAAGAGAAAAAAAAGCUGCCUGAUCUGUUUUUAUAUUGAAAAUCGCUCUUAGAGAUUGGGCUUUUGUUUUAUACUCUUUCGGGAAUAACUGAGGAAUUGUGUGUUCAAAUAACGAGCUUUCUACGGCAUCAAAUUUUAAAAUUGCAAGCAUUGUUUUCUGACAAGCAAAUUCUUUAAAACAUUAAUUUUAAUGCUGUGUAUUCUGAUUAAAUUUUAUCAUAAAUGUGAGAAUUAUAUUCAAACCUAUUUUUUAUAUAACUUUUUUAACCAAGAGGUAAUUGCAUUUAGGAAAUUGUUUAAUUGCAAGUUCAUUUUAUUGUAAAGUGAUUUUUUUUUUUUUUUUUUUUUUUCAAAUCUUCUAUUAUGCAUUUUAUUUAUUUACUUUUAAAAAAUCUGAAUCUCAUUUAUUUGUAUGAAUUGAUCAUACAUAAUGAAAUUUUCCUGGCUGUUUUCAUAAUCAGUUUGUAUUUCUUUAAUUUGAACUAAGCCUAGAUUUGUGAGCAUUUUAAAUUUUAUUUAAAUCGUUUUUAAAAACAUGAUUAAUGCGGGUUUCUGAGUUUUCAUUGUUGUACAUAUUCUUUUUUUAAAAAAUGCUUGCUGCGAGAAAUUAUUUUGGUGCCUCUUUAAAGCUAUUUCUGAAAGCGUUUGAACUAAAAGUCCAAGGGGGGGACCUGCCAAAAGCAGAAAGACUUGUACAGUUGUGUUUUCAAAUGCCUUUUUGCAAGAGAGAUCAUACAUAUUAGACCUUUUAACAUGUUGUGCCUUGAUGCAUAGCUACCACAGUGGAAGUUCUUGAUUUUCCUCUUAAGACGAGCUUAUAAUAUUCCAAACAUUAGGUAUAGAAAGAAAAAAAAUACUAUUUUUGCUCUUAGUUUCAUUGGCUUAACGGCACAAAAUGAGUUUUCCCGAUGUUGAUCGAAUUAGUAUUUCUAUUCUUGGAAUAGUUCAGGGUUCCUAAUAAUCUGUAUGUAUUCAUUUAAAUCUAUGUUGAUCAUGCUGUGCAAAUUCUUAAAUCACUGAAUUGUUUUCAGCUAGGUGUAAUGUUAGAAAUUUGAUAUUAGUUUGAAAUGUUGAUGCUUGUUGGAAAUGCAAUCUUUAUUUACAUCUAUAAAUGAAUUGAAACCUUGGUUGUGCAUUUUCAACCCUUUUAUACUUUCCUUUCGCCCUUUUCUUGCAAAAUUCCUUGCUGCUUAAAUACAAGACUUUUGGUGUACUGAUCUUUUUUAUUGGAUGGUUUGUUUUAAAAUAUUUUUGACAUGUUACGAACCAGUUUAAACAAGACGAUUGUGUAGAAUAAGUGUGUAUUGUAAAUUAUGACAGAGUUAACACAAUGUGUAAUUUAUAAAAAGAUUCUAAAAGUAGAUACAUUCUGUGUAAUAUAUUAAAAUUGUCUUGGGAAAAAUUUUAACGUUUUUGUAUCAAAGUAAAAAUUCCACAUUUAAUGGAAGACGGUAUUCAUCGUGAUGCACAAGCAAGGUUUCAUUCCAUAUCAUAUCUUUUAUUACAUCUGUUGUAUAAUUUAUAAUGUGAAAAUGUUGCCAAAGUUGCCAUGAGCUUGACUUAUCAAAUGCAUCUGAUCUGUGCGUAAUUUUAUAUUAAAAGAAUCAGCAUUAAAGCCGGGGUGCAGAAAAUUUCUUGAGCUUAAUUAUUUCCCCAAAACAUAAAGUUCUUGCCCAAAAUUUCCCAAAUUGCAUUUGCGUCAUAUCUAAAGAAUUAUUGUGUGGGGAAUUUAGCAAUCUGAUAGGUUAUCCAUUAUAAAUGUGUUUGAUGUGCCGAAUGAAUGUCGGUUUCCGAAUUUCUUACUUAUAAAGAAAGUCGACAGAAAUUAAAAGGAUUAACUGGUGAUUAAAAAUUUAAAAAAAAAGGUUGUUUUAAAAAACCCAGUGAGGUAUUCUUUCAUGGCAUUUAAAUUUAACGAAGAACCGCUCAGAAAAAUUAAUAAAUAGGCAGGAAUUUUCCCCAAAGUGCACAAAUUUCUCUGGAACUUAGUUCGGACAUGUUCUGCACCCCUGGAUUAAGGUAGCCUUUUGUGGUCUGGAACCCUGCACUACUCUUGGCAAAACAAAUGUUGCAAAGUGAUUAAAUCCAAUUCAGUGUGAAAAGAUGCCGGAAGUGCUUGAAACCAUAUCAUAUGUAUACAUACAUGCAUGAUUAUACCCAUAAAGUGUGUAAGCACAUGGAACACAAGCUGUGCCUUCUAACAGGUGCUACUUUUAUUAGCACCGUUUUGCUUGUGACAAAAUUUGAAAUCUUUUAUAAUGUGUAUUGAAAAUAAAACAUCUUACCUUUAAAAAAAA